CACCCCGAGCCCUCCAAAGGCCUGUCCUUUCCCUUCUUGCCUUUCCUAGUCUCGGGCCGGACCGGGCCGAGCCGGGCCGCCCGGGCGCGGUCCCCAACCAUGGCGUCCCUCUUCAAGAAGAAAACAGUGGAUGAUGUAAUAAAGGAACAGAAUCGUGAGUUACGAGGUACACAGAGGGCUAUAAUCAGAGAUCGAGCAGCUUUAGAGAAGCAGGAAAAACAGCUGGAAUUAGAAAUUAAGAAAAUGGCAAAGAUUGGUAAUAAAGAAGCUUGCAGGGUUUUAGCCAAACAGCUUGUACAUCUACGGAAACAGAAAACAAGAACUUUUGCUGUAAGUUCAAAGGUUACUUCUAUGUCCACACAAACGAAAGUGAUGAAUUCCCAGAUGAAGAUGGCUGGAGCAAUGUCUACCACAGCAAAGACAAUGCAGGCAGUUAACAAGAAAAUGGAUCCACAAAAGACAUUACAAACAAUGCAGAAUUUCCAGAAGGAAAACAUGAAAAUGGAAAUGACUGAAGAAAUGAUCAACGACACACUUGAUGACAUCUUUGAUGGCUCUGAUGAUGAAGAAGAAAGCCAGGAUAUUGUGAAUCAAGUUCUUGAUGAAAUUGGAAUUGAAAUCUCUGGAAAGAUGGCCAAAGCUCCAUCAGCUGCCCGAAGUUUACCAUCUGCCUCUACUUCAAAGGCUACAAUCUCCGAUGAAGAGAUUGAACGGCAACUCAAAGCCUUAGGAGUAGAUUAAUUAAAAAGUCAUGAUAUUUUUGUGUACUGAUUUAGUAUAAAGCAAGCACAGUGCAGAUUCCUUUUACAAAAACACAUUUAUUUUGCAAAAAUGAAAACCAUGAGUGAACAGUUGUUUCCUAACCCAUGGCCAUUUUGAGUCUUGCCAAAGAAUAACAAUGAUGCAAAAAUGGAAACAGUUUGAAUUUUAAUUAGAACUAUUUAGGAGUGAUGAUAUGUAAAACUGGAUUUCUUUUCUGCAUGGCAUAGAGAAAUUAUAACUAUUACUUAGUGUCUGUUUAUGUUCUAAAUCUUUUUACACUGAAUACAAAAUUCUUGUUAAAUGCCACUAGGCACCAACUUAAGGAAAGAGACUUGUAAAAAUAUUAAAAGUAUGUCGUUAAUUCUGUAUUUGUUGCUUGUCCUUUGUAAAUGAUUAUGUGUUAUGACCAUAGGCAGUUCAUCUGCCAAAUUAUUUUUAAAUGAUCAAAAAGAACAGUGCUGUUUCAACAUCUGUCUUAAAACUGCCAUGAGGUUUUCCUUUUUUUUUUUUUUUCCUUUGGGAGAACAUUCUAGUUGGUAAGUUUAUUACCUUUCAAAAUGUGCUUGGGACCUGCCUUAAACAGUACAAACAUAUUGUGCUCAUCUUUAAAUUAUUUUACCUGGCAGAAAAGAAUUUCAUUUUAAACUAAAAAUUGAGGCCUCUUGUAACAGUUUUGCAGGCUCUCUUCUAAACCUUAUGAAAGUGAACUAAAUAUAAUAGAAACAAAGACACUGAAUUCAUAAUGCUUCAUAGUAAUCCAUAGUAUAUUUUUGUCUUUCUUCCAAGAACUGAGAUUUUCUCCAUGUAACUUAAUUUCUGUUUAAUUUAAAUUGAAUUAAUGUAUAUUAUAAUGUAUACUCUAAAUUGAAGGCAUUAUUCUUAAUGAAGUACAACUGUACAACUACUAUGACAAUACUUGACCUAAACUUUUAAAAUAAAAUCUUAACUUUUUUUGGGUGGGUUGGUGGUAAAUAAACAACUUUGUCAGAAA